CAUGUCAGGAUGGCAACUUCAAACCUGGAGAACCAGCUACAGAGUGCCCAGAAGAAUCUGUUGUUUCUCCAGCGAGAACAUGCCAACACCCUGAAAGGCCUGCACGCGGAGAUUCGACGCCUGCAGCAGCACUGCACAGAUUUAACCUAUGAGCUGACUGUAAAGAGUUCAGACUUGUCAGGAAAUGGGAGUUCAAGAAGUGAUGAACUCAAAAGAAAGUGCGAAGAUCUUGAAGCUCAGCUGAAAGUCAAAGAGGCUGAAAAUAAUGAAUUACUGAAAGAACUUGAACAAAAGAACGCGAUGAUAAUGGUGCUGGAAAACACUAUUAAAGAAAGAGAAAAGAAGUAUUUGGAAGAGUUAAAAAUGAAAAGCCAUAAGCUCAAUAUGUUGUCAAGCGAACUAGAGCAGAGAGCGAGCACUAUUGCUUAUUUAACUUCUCAACUGCAUGCUACUAAGAAGAAGCUGAUGAGUUCAAGCGGGACUUCGGAGGGGACCCCUUCUGGCAGUCCCGUGUUGUCCAACUAUAAGCCGUCCCCUCCCAAAGAUAAACUGCCAGAGACUCCACGGCGCAGAAUGAAGAAGAGUCUGUCAACACCACUCAACCCCGAGUUUGAAGAGGCCUACAGAAUAGGAUCGGAUAGCCGGAAGCUGCUGUUAAGAGAGCCUGUGGAUGCCAUGCCUGAUCCCACUCCGUUUCUGUUGGCCAGGGAAACGGCAGAGGUACAUCUUAUUAAGGAGAGGCCGUUAGUUAUUCCACCAAUUGCUUCAGAUCGUGCAUCCGGUGAAUCGCACAGCCCAGCCCGAGAGAAGCCGCACAAGGCACACAUUGGGGUGGCGCAUCGCAUCCACCAUGUCACGCCAUCCCAGCCUCAGCCGGAGGUUGAAACGCUGGCAGUGGAUCAGGUCCAGGGAAGCAAAGUGGUCAGAAAGCACUCAGGGACAGACAGAACUGUUUGAGUAAAAUCACGGAAAUGCUCUACUCUGUUGCUGUUUAUGCACUGUGAUCCUGUAGGAUAAAUAGCACCUGCAGUAAAGUUUCUUUUGACGCCCCAUGCAUGCCAAACUUCUUCCAGAUACAUCAUUAAUAGAUUAUGCUCCUCUAAUGACACCCAGUAUGACUGUGUUCAUAUGGCAAGGUAUAUAACUACUAAAUGCUGUGGCCAAAUCAGGGGUACCUGACUGCUUGCUGCUGAGCACUGCUCCAUUUAUUGUAACUACACGUGUGGACAAAGGCACAGGCUGUAGGCUGUGUUAUUAAUCAAUAUUAGUGAAACCAACCUUAACUAUGAACCUGCAGCAACAUGUAGUGGCUGUUAACAUUUGAACUAUCAGUGGUUCUUUUGUCUUCACUGUGUACGUAAGCACUGCAUACCCAAACACUAACCUCUGUGACAAAGCCUUUCUCACAGUAGCAUUGACGAUUAAUCCUAAAUACUUUGGUUUGUGGCUUUAAGUAAAAAGGGAGGGGGGAUAAAGCACUCUUUUAAAGGGUUAAUGAACCUCAGAGAGAGAGUAUGAACACUGUUGUUUGGGGUUUGUUUUUUUUUUUUUAAAUUAAAUGGCUCCAUUACACUUUACACUAGUCAGUACACUGCACUUGUAGCACCUUCCAUACUGGCUCAGAGCUCCUUUUCCAGGGAGAAAACCUAACUGGCUGUCCAAUAUGGAAAUGGUUCUUUAUGCUCUAAUCUGCACUUUUUGUAAAGGGAUUAUUUGUUUCCUGAAAACCUUAGUCUUGUUCUGGGCAUCAUCAGACAGUGCUGGCUUCUGCCAGCUUAGAAACCUGAGCUGUCCCUCUAAACUGCCUGUAUUUAGUUUUAAAUUUAACUGACGUAACCCGUUCAUACAGGAGGAGAACCUGGCAUCCGUGAUUUUUGUCCUUGUGGAUUGGGAUGGACUUGCCUUGCACUUGCCCUGGUUCCCCUACUCCUUUCUAGUAAGCAACAGGUAGGCUCUACAGCUGUUAGACUACUUGAUGAUUUUUUUAUUAUUAUUUUUUUCCUAGGAAAGAAAGGCAUACUGAGCUGUGAGAGCAUGUAAUUUUGGGAAAGGAGCACAAAUUUGACCAUUUUUCUUAAAUUGUGAUCAGCACCUCCAGCUCACCCCUGCUUCACUCUGCAGCCUCUGAGUAGGACCAGCAAGAAACAAUGGCUCCCAAAUGCUGCUAAGCUUAUGAUGUGCCUUCAGAAACCUGGAACGCAUAAUCUCUGUGAAAGCUGAUGAAGGAUCCCUGCCUGCCCUCCUUCCUUCCCCUUGCCAGCUGUAGUCUGCCCCUCUUAAGCUUUUUCUGCAGCUGUGUGUCGGUGUGUCUCUCCCUCUGGAGCCUUAGAUCGCUGUCAGCUUCCCCCACAAAGGCACUGGCAGGAUGACAAAAGCUGUUCUUCCUAACUGUGGUACUGCUAAAUUUCCUGUGCAGCAUGACAACUUACAGCAGGGUUGUUCCCGCUCAGAGAGGGUUUGACUGUGCACUAGCCCUAAGGCCUCCUGUGCCCCCUCACGACUCAGUCACUUGCUGUUCUGAAGCCCGAGAAAGACAACCUCCUUGCCGGUUGCGUGGUAGGAUUUGUUUCAUGACUGGUGGGGAGGGAUAGGGAAAAGCUGUGUCCUGGAACAUGGCUGGUUAAAGAAAGCUUGUUAUUCUGUGGUUUACUAUUUUUAAGUGUAUUGCAUUAACCAGCAGUGGUUUGGGGUUUUUUGGUGGUGGUUGCCGUAUUUUUAUGGCGAUCGAUUGUAUGACUGAUCGGCCCUGCCACUUGUUCAAGGAUGAUGGAAGGCACUGCUUCUAAGCACAGCAGAAGUGAUGCUUUGGGCAAUUAAAAACAUUUCUUACAACCAUA